GAGGAGAGGAGAGGGGUCCAGAGGCAGAAACUGAGAGCGCCGGGAAAGGGACAGAACUUUCUCUGCUCUCCCUCCCCAGGGCAGGGAGUCUCAGAAAAGCCGAUCUCCACGAGGUGGCGGGGAGCGCGAGCGGCCAGCCCCGAGCUCCGGGCGCCUCUGGCCUCCGCCUCCUACAGCCCGCGGCCGGCUGCGAGACUCGCACGGGCAGCCGAGGAGGGGACUCCGUCUAGGAGGCGGUCCCCACUCGCUUCGCUUUCUCCUCCCCUCUCCUCCUGGAGGCGGGCACCCGGGGUAUUUGAGCGGCGGAGGACCCGCGGCCCCCCCCGCCUCCGCCCCCCAGCCCCCCAUUCAAGAAGCCGCUCCGCUAUCCCCCGCAGCACAGGGCGCCCGGCGCGCCUCGGAGCGCACGUUCCGCGCCUUCUCCUGCCGGCUCCCUGGACAUUAUGCGGCCGAGCAGCCGAGCCCCAGUCCUCCUCCUCCUCCGGCUCCUCCUGCGGCCCGAGCGGCUCAGCUCUCGGCAGGCGGCGGCGUUGCUCAGCCGAGCGCAGACGGGACCCUCGCGGCGAGACCUCAGCGACUCCUAAAGUCAAAAGUUGGCGGCGGGCGCCGGGCUCCGCGCGCUCACCGCGGCCACUGCCUCGCGUCGCCGCCGCAGCCAAGCAGGGCAGGAGGGAGGGAGGGGGUGGGAGCCACGGGGGAGGGGUGGGGAGCACCAUGCAGUUUGUAUCCUGGGCCACACUGCUAACGUUCCUGGUGCGGGACCUGGCCGAGAUGGGGAGCCCAGACGCCGCGGCGGCCGUGCGCAAGAACAGGCUGCACCCGAGGCAAGUGAAAUUAUUAGAGACCCUGAGCGAAUACGAAAUCGCGUCUCCCAUCCGAGUGAACGCUCUCGGAGAACCCUUUUCCACGAACGUGCACUUCAAAAGAAGGCGACGGAGCAUUAACGCUGCCUCUGACCCCUGGCCUGCCUUCGCUUCCUCUACCUCUUCCCAGGAGCAUUACCGCCUCUCUGCCUUCGGCCAGCAAUUUCUAUUUAAUCUCACUGCCCAUGCCGGAUUUAUCGCUCCAAGGUUCACUGUCACCCUCCUCGGGACGCCCGGGGAGAAUGAGACAAAAUUUUAUUCCGAGGAGGAAGCAGAACUCAAGCAUUGCUUCUACAAAGGCCAUGUCAAUACCAAGUCGGAGCACACGGCGGUCAUCAGCCUCUGCUCAGGAAUGCUGGGCACAUUCCGGUCCCAAGAUGGGGAUUAUUUUAUUGAACCACUACUGUCCAUUGACGAGCAAGAGGAUGCAGAGGAACAGAACAAACCGCACAUCGUCUAUCGGCACAGCCCCCUGCACAGAGGGCCCUCAACGGGAAGGCGUGCAUGUGACACCUCAGAGCACAAAAAUAGUCACAGCAAAGACAAGAGGAAAAUGAGAACGAGAAGAUGGGGAGAGAGGCGUAGCCUGGCUGAUGACGUGGCGGUAUUAAAAAGCAGCUUAGCAGCAAAGGCGCUUUCUGCCUAUGGCAACAAGACGGACAGCGCCAGGGAUAAGAGGACCCACAGAAGAACGAAACGUUUUUUAUCCUAUCCACGGUUUGUAGAAGUGAUGGUGGUGGCGGACUACAAAAUGGUUGUAUACCACGGAACAAACCUUCAACACUAUAUUUUAACUCUAAUGUCAAUUGUAGCCUCUAUCUAUAAAGACCCAAGUAUUGGAAAUUUAAUUAAUAUUGUUAUUGUGAACUUAGUUGUGAUUCAUAAUGAACAGGAAGGACCUUCCAUUUCUUUUAAUGCCCAGACAACUUUAAAAAAUUUUUGCCAGUGGCAACACUCGAAGAACUCUCCAGGUGGAAUCCAGCAUGAUACCGCUGUUCUUGUAACGAGACAGGAUAUCUGCAGAGCUCAUGACAAAUGUGACACCUUAGGUCUUGCUGAGCUGGGUACCAUCUGUGAUCCCUACAGAAGCUGUUCUAUUAGUGAAGACAGCGGAUUGAGUACGGCUUUCACAAUAGCCCAUGAGCUGGGCCAUGUGUUUAACAUGCCUCAUGAUGACAACAACAAGUGCAAGGAAGAAGGAGUCAAGAGUCCCCAGCAUGUCAUGGCUCCGACGUUGAACUUCUACACCAACCCCUGGAUGUGGUCAAAAUGUAGUCGAAAAUAUAUCACUGAGUUUUUAGACACUGGUUAUGGCGAGUGCUUGCUGAAUGAACCUGAAUCCAGACCCUACCCUUUGCCUCCCCAACUGCCAGGCCUCCUCUACAACGUGAAUAAACAAUGUGAACUGAUUUUUGGACCAGGUUCUCAGGUGUGCCCAUAUAUGAUGCAGUGUAGACGACUCUGGUGCAAUAAUGUGGAUGGAGUAUGCCGGACUCAGCACACGCCCUGGGCAGAUGGGACCGAGUGUGAGCCUGGAAAGCACUGCAAGUUUGGAUUUUGUGUCCCCAAAGAAAUGGAGGCCCCCGUGACUGAUGGAUCCUGGGGAAGUUGGAGUCACUUUGGAACCUGCUCAAGAACGUGUGGAGGGGGCAUCAAAACUGCUGUUCGCGAGUGUAACAGACCGGAGCCGAGAAAUGGUGGGAAGUACUGUGUAGGGCGUAGAAUGAAGUUCAAAUCCUGCAACACAGAGCCGUGUCUCAAGCAGAAGCGAGAUUUCCGAGACGAACAGUGUGCUCACUUUGACGGCAAACAUUUCAACAUCAAUGGUCUGCUUCCCAAUGUGCGCUGGGUCCCCAAGUACAGUGGCAUUCUGAUGAAGGACCGUUGCAAGUUGUUCUGCAGGGUGGCCGGUAACACGGCCUACUAUCAACUGCGAGACAGGGUAGUCGAUGGGACUCCGUGCGGCCAGGACACCAGCGAUAUCUGUGUCCAAGGCCUCUGCCGGCAAGCUGGAUGUGAUCACAUUUUAAAUUCCAAAGCCCGGAGAGAUAAAUGUGGAGUUUGUGGUGGCGAUAAUUCUUCGUGCAAAACAGUGGCAGGAACAUUUAAUACAGUACAUUAUGGUUACAAUACUGUGGUCCGAAUCCCAGCAGGUGCUACCAAUAUCGACGUGAGGCAGCACAGUUUCUCAGGGAAAUCAGAGGAUGAUAACUACUUGGCUUUAUCAAGCAGUAAAGGUGAAUUCUUGCUAAAUGGAGACUUCGUUGUCACAAUGUCCAAAAGGGAAAUCCGCGUUGGGAACGCUGUGAUAGAGUAUAGUGGGUCUGACAAUGUAGUAGAAAGGAUUAACUCCACAGACCGCAUUGAACAAGAACUUUUGCUUCAGGUGUUGUCGGUGGGAAAGUUAUACAACCCCGAUGUGCGCUAUUCUUUCAAUAUUCCAAUUGAAGACAAACCCCAGCAGUUUUACUGGAAUAGUCAUGGGCCCUGGCAAGCAUGCAGCAAACCCUGCCAAGGGGAGCGGAAGCGAAAACCUGUUUGCACCCGGGAAUCUGAUCAGCUUACGGUGUCUGAUCAAAGAUGUGACCGGCUGCCCCAGCCAGCGCCCAUUACCGAACCUUGCAGCACAGACUGCGACCUGAGGUGGCACGUUACCAGCAGGAGUGAAUGUAGUGCCCAGUGUGGCUUGGGUUACCGCACAUUAGACAUCUACUGUGCCAAAUAUAGCAGGCUAGAUGGGAAGACCGAGAAGGUUGAUGACAGUUUUUGCAGUGGUCACCCCAAACCAAGCAACCGGGAAAAAUGCUCAGGAGAAUGUAACACAGGUGGCUGGCGCUAUUCUGCAUGGACUGAAUGUUCGAAAAGCUGUGAUGGUGGAAGCCAGAGGAGAAGGGCUAUUUGUGUCAACACUCGCAAUGAUGUCCUGGAUGACAGCAAAUGCACACAUCAAGAGAAAGUCACCGUUCAGAGAUGCAGUGAGUUCCCUUGUCCACAGUGGAAAACAGCAGACUGGUCAGAGUGCCUGGUCACCUGCGGAAAAGGGCAUAAGCAUCGCCAGGUCUGGUGUCAGUUUGGUGAAGAUCGAUUAAAUGAUAGAAUCUGUGACCCUGCGAGCAAGCCAGCCUCCAUGCAGACUUGUCAGCAGCCAGAAUGUGCGUCCUGGCAGGCGGGUCCCUGGGGACAGUGCAGUGUCACUUGUGGACAAGGAUACCAGCUAAGAGCAGUGAAAUGCAUCAUUGGGACUUAUAUGUCCGUGGUAGAUGACAAUGACUGCAAUGCAGCAACUAGACCAACUGAUACCCAGGACUGCGAUUUACCAUCUUGUCACCCUCCCCCAGCUGUCCCGGAAGCAAGGAGAAGCACACACAGUGCACCAAGAACCCAGUGGCGAUUUGGGUCUUGGACACCAUGCUCAGCCACCUGUGGAAAAGGUACUCGGAUGAGAUAUGUCAGCUGCCGGGAUGAGGGCGGCUCUGUGGCUGACGAGAGCGCCUGUGUCACCCUGCCCAGACCAGUGGCAAAGGAAGAAUGUUCUGUGACCCCCUGUGGGCAGUGGAAGGCUUUGGACUGGAGCCCCUGCUCCGUGACGUGUGGGCAAGGCAGGGCCACCCGGCAAGUGGUAUGUGUCAACUACAAUGACCACGUGAUUGAUCAGAGUGAGUGUGACCCAGAUUACAUCCCAGAAACCGACCAGGACUGUUCCAUGUCACCGUGCCCUCAGCGGACCCCAGAGAGUGGUCUCGCUCAGCACCCCUUCCAAAGUGAGGAUUACCGCCCCCGGAGCGCCGGCCCCAGCCGCACCCAUGUGCUUGGUGGAAACCAGUGGAGGACUGGCCCCUGGGGAGCAAUCGAGGUAGGGAUUAACCUGUUGACUGAUGUCUGCUGUGUUCAGUGUUCCAGUACCUGUGCUGGUGGGUCCCAGCGGCGUGUGGUUGUGUGUCAGGAUGAAAAUGGAUACACCGCAAAUGACUGCGUGGAGAGAAUAAAACCCGAUGAGCAAAGAGCCUGUGAAUCUGGCCCUUGUCCUCAAUGGGCUUACGGCAACUGGGGAGAGUGCACUAAGCUCUGUGGUGGAGGCUUGCGGACAAGACUGGUGGUCUGUCAGCGGCCCAGCGGUGAACGGUUUCCAGAUUUGAGCUGUGAAAUCCUCGAUAAGCCUCCCGAUCGUGAGCAGUGUAACAUACAUGCUUGUCCUCAAGACGCUGCAUGGAAUACUGGCCCUUGGAGUUCGUGUUCUGUCUCUUGUGGUCGAGGGCAUAAACAACGAAAUGUUUACUGCAUGGCAAAGGAUGGAAGCCAUUUAGAAAGUGAUUACUGUAAACACCUUGCUAAGCCAAAUGGGCACAGAAAGUGCAGAGGAGGAAGAUGCCCCAAAUGGAAGGCUGGCGCCUGGAGUCAGUGCUCUGUGUCCUGCGGCCAAGGCACACGGCGGCGAAGUGUGGGCUGUCAGAUGGGAGCACACAGAAUAGCCAGAGAGUCCGAGUGCAACCCGUACACCAGACCGGAGUCGGAGCGUGUCUGCCAAGCCCCGCCGUGUCCUCUCUAUGUGUGGAGGGCCGAGGAAUGGGAAGAAUGCACCAAGACCUGCGGCGAAGGCUCCAGGUACCGCAAGGUGGUGUGCGUGGACGUGGACAAAGGCAGCGAGGUUCAUGGCGUACGCUGCGACAUGAGCAAGCGGCCUGUGGACCGUGAGAGCUGUAGUUUGCAGCCCUGCGAGUAUGUCUGGAUCACAGGAGAAUGGUCAGAGUGCUCAGUGACCUGUGGAAAGGGCUACAAACAAAGGCUCGUCUCCUGUAGCGAGAUUUACACCGGGAAGGAGAAUUCUGAGUACAGUUACCAAACCACCAUCAACUGCCCGGGCACUCAGCCAGCCAGCGUCCACCCCUGCCACCUGAGGGGGUGCCCUGUCUCGGCCACCUGGAGAGUCGGCAACUGGGGGAGCUGCUCGGUGUCCUGUGGUGUGGGAGUGACACACAGAUCUGUGCAAUGUUUAACCAGCGAGGACCAGCCCAGCCACUUGUGCCCUGCUGCUUUAAAGCCGGAAGAGAGGAAAACAUGUCACAAUAUCUAUCACUGUGAGUUACCCCAAAACUGCAAGGAGGUAAAGAGACUGAAAAGUACCAGUGAAGAUGGUGAAUAUUUCCUGCUCAUCAAAGGAAAGCUCCUGAAGAUCUUCUGUGCAGGGAUGCAGUCGGACCACCCCAAAGAGUACAUUACACUGGUCCAUGGCGACUCAGAGAAUUUCUCCGAGGUGUAUGGACACAGGUUGCACAACCCAACCGAGUGUCCCUACAACGGGAGCCGACGGGAUGACUGCCAGUGUCGGAAGGACUACACGGCAGCUGGGUUUUCCAGCUUCCAGAAAAUCAGGAUAGACUUGACGACAAUGCAGGUCAUCACCACUGACUUACAGUUUGCCAGGACGAGCGAAGGGCACCCCGUCCCUUUUGCCACAGCUGGGGACUGCUACAGUGCUGCCAAGUGCCCACAGGGUCGUUUUAGCAUCAACCUUUACGGAACCGGCCUCUCUUUAACUGAAUCAGCCAGAUGGAUAUCACAAGGGAAUUACGCUGUCUCCGACAUUAAGAAGUCCCCGGACGGUACCCGAGUCGUAGGAAAAUGCGGUGGUUACUGUGGAAAAUGUACUCCGUCCUCUGGCACUGGCCUGGAGGUUCGAAUUUUAUAGUCAAGGGAAUUCUGAUUCAAGUGACCUAUGGAUUCAUGUUUGAGAUGCUGCCCGAAGAGUAUUGCAAUAGUAAUAUUAAUGACAUUCGGUGAGCCCUAUGUGUCAGGCACCAUGCUGAGCACUUUGCAGGCAUUAUUACCCUGAAUCCUCACAAUAAAGCCACAAGAUGGGGCUAUUAUCCUCAUUUUACAGAUAGAAGCUGAGGCCCACAGAGCGAAGUGGCUCGCUUAAGGUCCUGGUAGAUUCCUUUGGCAGAAUCCAUCCGUGCUCUCCACCAAAGCCAGGGCUCUUGAUUAAUAUGCCGUUCCACACACUUGUGACUCAGUGUCAUCCAAGGACUAGCGUGAUCAGCAUCGCCUGGGAACCUUUUGGGAUGUGAACUCUGAGGCCUUACCCUAGACCUACAAAACCAGAAUCUCUAUUUUAACAAAUCUGCAAGAGAGUCACACAUGGUAAAGUUUGACAGUACCUGGUCUAACUACCUUAUGCUGCCAUGUGCUCGCUCUGCUGGUGAGAGGACUGAAUUGGUCACUUUCUCUUGUCCCAGUGCCUUCAGCUACAGUGGAUGAGUUCAGCCAAUUUGAUGAGCCUUCUACAACUUAUUUCAAGCUUUCAGCAGCCCAUUCUCCUGUAGGGCUCUUCAAGAUCCUGACAUAUGCGUACCUACCUGACAUUUAUAUAUCAGUAUUUCACCGUUGCAUUAAACAUCCAUAUUCAAAAUGAUGAUCUUAAAUUAGGAUUGUUUCCAUUGCAAGAGGUAACAGGAAAAAAAGGAAAUUUACUGCCUUAAGUACCUGAGAAAUCCAAGCAGUGGGCUAGCUUCAGGCAUAGCUGGAUCCAGAGGCUCAAACGGACUCAUCAAGACCCUCUCAUACUCCCAUCAGAGAGCAAGGCUUGCUUCAUUCUCAGGCAGACCAUCUCCCCCACUCCAUGGUCUCUGGCAGCUCUAGGCUUACAUCAUCUUUGCAGCUCAUGGCCCCAGAUAAAUGCUCACCUCCAGCAUCUAUUCUGCACAAGAACUCAGGCUGUCCUUGGUCACAUGGGCACUUCUGAACCAAUCACAAUGUCCAGGAGACUGAGAUCAUGUACCCGCCUGGAGUUGGGUGAUUGACAACUUCAUUUAGAAGAGGAAGAAGAAGGAGUUUAUUGGAUGGGAUGGAGGCAGGCAAGAUCAGGUAUCCACUAGAGGGCCCCAUUUUGUAUGUAUUUUACAUCUAGUAAAAUAGUUUUGUAUGUAUUUAUGUGUAGAAAAAUUUCUGUGAGCGUAUAUACAUAAUAUUUACAUGUAUGUCUAGAAAAAAACUAGAAGGAAGUGUACCAAUAUUUGAAGAGCAUUGUCUCACGUGAGAGAUUUCAGGCUAGUAGUUUUUUAUUUUAUUCUUUUUAUACUCCCUUGAAAUGUUCAUGUUUCUUAGAGCAAACAUAUGUCACUUUUAAAAUCUAGAGAAAAUAGUGUCAUUUUAAAAAUUCUAUAUGUAAAAAUGUAUAGGUUACCUACUUUUGACUUAUGUAUGGCAUUUGAGACGGUUUACAUUUCUUUUUAUAUUCAGGUGCUCUGAAGAGGAAACCAUUAUGGGAUGGAUGAAGGAUAGUAAUGCAAUACCUCCACCUUAAAAUUUGUGUGUGUGUGUGUGUGUGUGUGUAUGGACUUGUAUGAGUGUGUGUGUGUGUACAUAUGCACAUAUAUACAUAUAUACACACAUAUAUGUACAUAUGUGUGUAUAUAUGUAAAUAUCCUAAUGAUGUAAAGUUUAAUAUUUAUGUUUGAAAUUAUUUAUUGUGAUGUAAUAUUUUUGUACGUAAAAUGAUUCUAUUAUGACUGCCUUUUGCAUUAUUUUGUCCCUUGCAGUCAGAUCACUGCAUUUUACGUACUCUACAUUAUAUGUAGUACUAUGACAAAAGUGAUCCUUCAUUAUCACGGUACACUAUUGUUUACUUUCUAUCUGUAAAUAUUUUAUUGUUACGUUUUAAAAUUGUACUUUGUUUUUUUAAAAAACCUAGCUGCCAUCAAGGUGCUACAGGAGUUGUGUAAGUGUACUUUGGCAUUUCUAGGAAAGUAUCAGCCAAUAAAUAACAUAGUGAUGUCACAGAUCGUUCCAACUAUUAGUUAUGUUAACUAUUCGGUUUCAUGUGAUCUCUGGGAAAAAAAAAAUUGCUGCCCUGGUGCUAUAUAUUGUAUAUAUUUAAGUGAUCAUCAGCCUCAGAAAUGUAAACAUUUUUAAUAAAAGGGAGGAAUGGAAGGACACUUUGCAAUGGACAGAAUCACUUGGAAAAAUAAGACCAGCUUGUUUAUCCUUAUUUUUGGACAUGCCUAUUUUGGAAGAGAGUUGGACUCUGUUCUUUUUUGCUAUUGUUGUGAAUACUUUGCUUCAGUUCAUGGUGCCUGGAGCUCUCUGAAGUUCAAUGGAGGGUACCCCAAAGCAGCUUCAUUACAGAGUGAUACUGAGAAGGUGGGAUCCUCUCAACAUUUUGCCAAGAUGUUCUAAAGUGGUGUCCAAGUUCAUCAGUGGCAAGACAGAGGAUGCUCAGGAUAGGAUGACCUUCAGCACUCCCAGCACACCUGGGGAAGUUCAGAACCAGUUCUCAGUCAUCACGAUUGCCUUUUGCAUAAACACCUUGGCUGGUGACGUGACUUAUCGUCAGGAUGUGAGCCUAGGACCCUGCCAGUGUUUGUGGCUGCCACCAUAAUCAGCAUUUGUGAGAAGACAUAAACUGUGGAGUACAAGACGCCUGAGUCUUUCUGAUUUUCCAUUAAUGCACGCUUGUUACUUAUUUCCAAAAUGGAAGUUGAAGUCAGUGUCUUUCUGCCCUUCUGACCUGAUUGAAGGGAAAUCAUUACCAGUGGCCCGAGGCAGGUGCUCGCUUUGAGAAAUCCUACCCACCUCCACAACCCAAAGAGAUUAGAAAAAACCUGGCAGUAACCUCCAACCUCAAACAAACUCCAGAGUGCUCCAGAAGAAGUUAUGCUCAGUGUAUGAAUAAGUGUUAUUCUCCUUUAUUAAUACAUUGUGAAAUAUACUAUGAAUAAAUACCAUGAUCACAUCCAAACAUGUGUGUUUUACAUGGUUUCUGGACUC